UUAAUUUAAAUGUAUGGCGCCGUGUUGCAAUGGAUUUGAUAGGAUUUAUUGAAAAUUCAUCCAAAAAUUUUGUUCUAGAGUCAAAUGUUCCAACAUUAGCAAAAACAGAGCCCUGUAUGCUUGGAAUCGAUGAAGCUGGAAGAGGGCCAGUUCUUGGUCCCAUGGUGUAUGCUGCUGCUUAUUGUGCUGUUUCUCAAGUUGAUAUUCUCAAAAGAAAAGGGGUAGCUGAUUCUAAAACCCUGACUGAAGAGAAAAGAGAAAACCUGUUUAGUUUGAUUGAUGAAGCUAGUGACAUGAUGGGUUGGAUAAUAGAAAUACAUUCUCCAAAUGUUAUUAGCAAUUGUAUGUUACGUAGGUCAAAAUAUAAUUUAAAUGCUUUAUCUCAUGAUUCUGCAAUCAUGCUAAUAAAAAAAGCUCUUGAUCUUGGUGUAAAUGUUACAGAGGUAUAUGUUGACACUGUUGGCCAACCAGAGAAGUAUCAAUCAAAAUUAUCCAGCAUAUUCCCUGACUUGAAAAUCACUGUUGCAAAACAGGCAGAUGCAACCUAUCCUGUUGUUAGCGCUGCAAGUAUAUGUGCUAAAGUUGCAAGGGAUAAUUCUUUGAAAUCUUGGAAAUUUGCUGAGGGGGAUAGUUUUCAAGACAUUGAAUAUGGAUCUGGUUACCCAAAUGAUCCUGUGACAAAAAAAUUUCUGUGUAAUAACAUUGAUCCGGUUUUUGGAUUUCCACAGCUUGUUCGAUUUAGUUGGUCUACCGCAGAUAAAAUUUUACAGGCACAAGCUGUGGAAGUUAAAUGGGAAGAAGUUGAUGAUGAAAAUUCACCAAAGAAGUCUCAAAACUUGCUAAAAUUUAUGAGUGAUGGAUCACAAACAAAGACUGCAAUGCCUAAGAGUCACAGUUUUUUCACUCAAAGAAAUUUACAUCAAACAUCAAAUCUGUAAUCAUAAAACUGAUAUCAGUAAAUUUAUACACACCAAUUCCUAAGACAUAUAUAUAUUUUUUUAAACUGAGAAAUUAAAAAUAAAGUGUCAGUGUUCUUUUAAA